ACGGACCAAUAGGAAUGCGAGUCGUGUUGUUGCGGCUCAGGAAUGCAGUCGUCUACAGCUGCUGGGUUUCGUUUCGCAUCAGCUGGAGCUGCUGGCGGCUGACAGAGGUAUCCCCGAGGCUGUUCGUCACUUCUUCAGCAGGGUGUGAAAACCGUCAGUAUGGCCACAGCUCAGUCGAUGCUGCUGCUCGCAGUCCACAUUCUGCUCAUCUCAGAGUUCAUCCUGGCUAAGAGAGACUACUAUGAGAUUCUGGGGGUGCCCAGAGAUGCCACGGAGCGCCAGAUCAAGAAGGCUUUCCACAAGCUGGCUCUGAAGUAUCACCCCGACAGAAACAAGGGCGCAGACGCAGAGGCGAAGUUCAGAGAAAUAGCAGAGGCUUAUGAGACAUUAUCAGACAAUAAGAGACGGCAAGAGUAUGACCAGUUUGGCCACUCUACCUCAUCAGAAGAGGCUUACAGAGGAGGUGAAGGAGGUGGCGGUGACUACAAUUUCAGGCAGCACUACCAGUCCUUCAACUUCAACUUCGACGACAUCUUCAAAGACUUUGACCCUUUGGGUCAACAACAGCGCCACCAACACCACUUCCACUCUCAUAAUCAGGCGCACCAGAAGAGACACUUUGACAGCCACUUCCAGGCUCAUAAGGAGUCGAUGAACAGGCAGAGGAGAGGGUUUCAGCAGGGGGGCUUCGGCGGAGGACUGUUUGACGACAUGUUUGAGGAUCUGGAGAAAAUGUUCUCCUUCAACACGCACACUUCCAGGACUGAGAAUAGAUUCCAAGGCUCAACGAAGCAGCACUGCAGGACGGUGACUCAGCGGAGGGGGAACAUGGUGACCACCUUCACCGACUGCUCCUGAGACGGGCAGAAAGCUAAAUAAUGCUGGGAGGCUGCACAAGUUAUAGUUGUGUUGAAGUUGAAUGCUAAUUUAUCACUUGGUGUGGCUUUUAUAAUUCUUUGCAUCUUUCCUUAUUAGCAAAAAUCCAAGCUGGUCAUGUUAGUGGCUGUUCUGAAGCAAUAACUCAUCCACAUUGUUGAUUAUAGCAUGGGACAAAGUCAAAUACCUCUCCUUUAUUCAGCUUUCCUUGUUCAUUGUUUGCUUCAGUUUAUUGUGACUGUACAGUCUGACACUCAGGUAUGGCCUAAGUUUAAGUGAUAGUGUGCAAGCUUUUUUUCUAUUGAGAAAGGCGAUAAGAGUUCCUGGAAACAAUCUUUAUUUCAGGAGCCAAUCAGGUCAUGCGAAGGCGCUUUCCAACUUUGGAACUAUGACAAAUGACCAUCGAUGCCACUUCAUAGAACUUCCAGGAAAAUGUUUGCAGGCUCGCCGUCAUUAACUGAUACCUCAUUUUAUGUUUCUUCCUGCAGAGAUGCAAUCCCAUCAUUCAGUCAGGGUAGGAAAUUAACAUCAGUCCCAUGAUAAAUACUGGGAAACGCCACAGGUAACUUACUGUAUUGUUGUCUCAUUUCUCUGUCAAGCUGGAUGGCCUAACAGGUUAAGUUUCCCAGACUGAUAAAAAUGUGCAAUAUUUAGCACCUUUGCUCUUCGUGUUGCCUAUGAUUCAAAGACAGUGCUCUGCAAAUGUCAUUGUCCAACGUCUGCACUUUGUAUGCAUGUAGUGUAUGUGUUUGCAGAGUGUUGGCUGCAAAAUAGUAUAAAAGAGAUUGAAACAUGA